GCGUCGGCGUGACGGUUGGACGCGGGCGCGGCACUGCGGGUCCCGAUUGCUGCAGCCGCUUGUCAGUGUGAUGAAGAUUGGCACCCAGGUGCUGGGUGUUAGAGUGGGACGUGUCUUGUGGAGGAUUCAGCUCAUCUCCAUGUGUACCCUCUGUGCCCUGAUGGUGACCAAGUGAUUCCAGCCCCGGCUCCCCCACUCAGUUUCCGGGACGGUAUCUUGAGACUCGUCUGCAGCCCGAGAUGUCCUGCCUUGUUUCCCCCACAAGCCACGGAGCUGUUCUUAGCUGUUUGCUCGUCUUGGGACCGUGUCCGGCUCUGUUCUUCCCGGUGCUCAGACACCAUGUGCUUCUCACUCAGGAUGAUCUGAUGUCUGAAGUGGACCCUCACUAACCAUGAUGGCGACACAGACGCUGAGUAUAGACAGCUAUCAAGAUGGACAGCAAAUGCAGGUGGUCACGGAGUUAAAAACAGAACAAGAUCCCAACUGCUCUGACCCAGAUGCAGGAGUGAGUCCUCCUCCCAUCGAGUCUCAGACCCCAAUGGAUGCCGACAAGCAGGCCAUUUAUAGGCACCCACUAUUUCCGUUGCUAGCUUUGUUGUUUGAGAAGUGUGAACAGUCCACACAGGGCUCAGAAGGCACGACGUCUGCCAGCUUUGAUGUGGAUAUUGAGAACUUUGUCAGGAAGCAAGAAAAGGAUGGGAAGCCCUUCUUCUGUGAAGAUCCGGAAACCGACAACCUAAUGGUGAAAGCAAUCCAGGUCCUGCGCAUUCAUCUUCUUGAACUGGAGAAGGUUAAUGAGCUCUGUAAAGACUUCUGUAGUCGGUACAUCGCUUGUCUGAAGACAAAAAUGAACAGCGAGACCUUGUUGAGUGGGGAGCCUGGAAGUCCGUACUCCCCUGUGCAAUCCCAGCAGAUUCAGAACGCCAUCACAGGCACUCUCAGCCCCCAGGGAAUCGUGGUGCCAGCAUCAGCCCUACAGCAGGGAAAUGUAACCAUGGCAACAGUGGCAGGUGGCACAGUAUACCAGCCUGUCACCGUCGUCACUCCACAAGGCCAAGUGGUCACGCAGACAUUAUCUCCUGGGACAAUUAGGAUCCAGAACUCGCAGCUGCAGUUGCAGUUGAACCAAGACCUCAGCAUCUUGCAUCAAGAGGAUGGCUCCUCCAAGAACAAGAGGGGUGUCUUGCCGAAGCACGCCACCAACGUGAUGCGGUCCUGGCUCUUUCAGCACAUAGGGCAUCCCUACCCAACGGAGGAUGAGAAAAAGCAGAUUGCUGCUCAGACAAACUUGACGCUGCUUCAAGUCAACAACUGGUUCAUCAACGCGCGAAGACGAAUUCUCCAGCCAAUGUUGGAUUCCAGCUGUUCCGAGGCUCCAAAAACAAAGAAAAAGCCUGCCCAGAACAGGCCAGUUCAGAGGUUUUGGCCAGAUUCUCUUGCAUCAGGAGUGGCACAAGCAACACCCAGCGAGCUCGCCAUGUCAGAAGGUGCAGUUGUGACCAUCACCACUCCCGUAAACAUGAAUGUGGACAGCCUUCAGUCCCUGUCCUCAGAUGGGGCCACCCUGGCCGUACAGCAGGUCAUGAUGGCGGGGCAGAGUGAGGACGAGUCGGUGGAUAGCACAGAGGAUGAGGGCGCCGCCCUGGCGCCCACGCACAUUGGCGGGCUGGUGCUGGAGAACAGUGACUCCCUUCAGUAGGAUGCACCAACGGGGCCAGCAUGGAGCUGGGACACCAGACUCUUUACUGUUUGCACUGCAAACAUUUUACAGUUGUCUUUGUAACCUGUUUUAUAUGUAGACAUAGAGGAGUGCACUUUUGUAUUUCACAGCAAGCGUCAAGACAUCUUUGCUGGUGCAGCAGCUUCCUUCAGCUGUGUGCGGAUGGGUUUUAAUGCUGGAAGCACGGCACCGCCCCUUGAGUCCUUGGCGAGAUUAAGGGACAGUGCUGCCAUUAUCUGAACAGUUAUGCAGUUGCAAUUGAGUUGUGUGGUUUACAGCAGGUCUGCAGGCGGCUGCUGCUGCUGCUCACAGGUCUGAAAGAUGACCUGCAUGCAGGCUGCAGAGCGAGAAGACGCUGGCCCCGUGGGCUGUGGGUGCCCACCACACACUUCAGUUCUCUCAGGCAGCAUUUGCCUGUUUCAUUUGCUAUAUAGAAAAAGAAACUCCUAUUUUUACCUUGCUGGGAUUAUUGGAUAAAAAGCUAUUUUUAUAAAUCAGUUAUUAAUUGGAUUAUGACUAUAUUGAGGAUAAAUUUCUAGAGAAGCAACAGCACAUGCUUGUCUUUCGAUUCGGAAUGUUCUGAAAGGCGGCCACCCGUGCAUGGUCUCCUGCUCCCUGGGGAGGAGGGGGCUCGCCUCAGCUGCUAAAAGGAAACAACUGUCAAGUGAGCUUUUGACAUCUCCAGUUUCUGCUCAUGUGUGAUGCAGACUGCUGCAUUCUACAGUCGCUAGAGCAUCUUACACAGUGUGCUCAGUAGGACGUACGGUAAGCGAGGGCUCUGCCGCACCUAGUCUGACUGCAGCUCCAUGGCUGCCUGGCUGUGGUAACUGGGUGGUAAUUUUAGAUUUUUUUUUUUUUUUAGUUAAAACCUGUUAUACAUAGAAUGUUUAUUAUAAACUAAUAUAAAGCGUGCUCUGCCCCACUGGCUCAGAGCUGGGGUAAAGAGCAAACACCUAAACUGUCUUUCUUACUGGCAGACACCUAGAAGUUAGAAACUUGGCAGUGGGGCCCACUGGUAGCUCUCACUGUCACUCACCCUCCAGGCUCCUCCCCCUCUCUUACCACUCCAGAUUGAGGACAGUUUGAGGACCUCAUUUCUGAGUGUCAAGUCUGAGGUCUUGGGAAGCUUUUUCUUAGGAAAAAAGCACCUGUCUUCACAGUGGGACCUAGGCCACCUGCUGAUGGGGACAGCUGUGCUGUCGUCUAGGGGUCCCUGCCCUGGGCCCCACCGUUACCCUAGGGGGACCUCUUUAGCUAAGUCAGGAAUGGUUCACCAUCACCCCGAAUGUCUUGAUUCUCUUCCGCCACCGAGCACACCUGAACAGCUAAGUAGUCAGCAAGAGAAAUGGGGUCCUUCUGAACCAGGUAAGGUGCCUCCCUACAGAGACCAGGUCGGCAAAAUAGACACCCCAAACUUGCCAGCAACUCCUUUGAGGAGAGAAUACAUUUCAAGCAGCCUUUCCCUUACCUAUUCACAAACUGUUUUAAUAGUUUAUUAAAGUCAGGCAUACAAAAGCCUGCACGGACAGCUGGCUGUAUUAGGUUUAGAGCAGAAGCCAUCACUCCUGUGAGCCCUGCAGAGGUCCCCGCAAAGGAAGCACGGUCCCUGCCGCACCCGCUGGUGGCUGCUCUAGCGGCCUUGCUCUUGCUCCGCCCCCAUGGCUGGGAUUCGAACACCAUCCUCUAUCGUGUCCUUUCCAGUUGAAAUCAUCUUUCCUAAGCACUGAACUUUCUCAUCUACUAAAUCAGAGGAAUAUCAUGACGCUCGUAAGAGAACCCCAGGCACGGUGACACGCUCCUGUAAUCCCAACACUCAGGAACCUGAGACAGGAGGCAAGCCUGGGCUACUUAACUUGACCCUGUCUAAAAAAAAAAAAAAAAAGCUUGUAAAAGAGCUGGCACAGGGUCAUACAUAUCCUUUCACCUCCCCGUGCACAGAGAUGCUUUUAAGUGAUCCCUGGAGGCAAGCCAUGCUGGUUCAUAGAGUUCCUGCCCAGCAGAUUUGGUGUCUGCCAGUUGCACCUUCAAGACACCUGCUUGCUGGGCGCCAUGGCAUGUUCCUGUGUACAAGCACUUAGGAGGCUGAAACAGGAGGAUUGCUGUGAGGUCAAGUUGGCCUCUAGUGUGUAGUGAAACCCGGUCUCAAAAAAAAAAUAAUAAUUGAGGAAAACUCCUGCUCGCCUUUCCUUGGCCAGCGCAGAAAACCUUUGCGCUUUGUUUAAAUGGUCAGAGUGUAGCAUUCACGCCUGUUAAAGUCCUCCCAAACAUUGGAGCCUUUUGAAUGUGUUCUGAGACCUACAGUCAACCCGUGUCAUUCCUGCUGUUUGGCUGUCUAGCAGAAAUCUAGACUGGCUGACCCACUCCUCCGGUGGGCUCAGGUUUUCUGCUUGCUUGAGUCCAGAUUGUCAAAUAGAAGUGCAUAUGCAAUAUGCACUGUGACCCUGGCGGCUAGGGCUGAUGGGCCACUGUGUAGCCUGCUGGGUGGCCAGUGCUCCUCCCCCACAGCUGGCAGGGAAACGCCCAUCCUGAGGCCCCUCCUGCAGGUUGUGACUGGAACACAGCCUUCUUCAGUUAAGUUUGGUCUUUGAAACUGACAAUCUUUAAAAUGUGAAUACUGUAACAAUAUGUUUUCUUGGAUUGUUGUCUUUAAAAGGAUUUUUGUGAAGCAAUUGAUUUAUCAAAGAAAAAAAAAAUUAAAACCAGAA